AUGUAUUUUGCGGAUGUUUGUGCCGGUCCUGGCGGGUUUUCGGAGUACCUACUUUGGCGACGCUGUAAUACAAUCCUCCCACAUUCCAGUUCAACGAAUAAUUCCGUGACAGACGAGCAUCCCAUUUCUAAUGUCCCACAUUUGUCUGCAAAAGGCUUCGGUCUUACUUUGACGGGCCAGUGUGAUUUUCGUCUGAAUGAUUUUCUUGCCGGCCCUUCUGAAGCAUUCUUUCCCCAUUACGGUACGACAAAAGAUGGGGAUAUAACCAAGUGGACCAAUUUGGCAUCUUUCAGUUCGUUGAUCGAUCAAGCAACUUCUGGUCAGGGAGUUCAUCUUCUCGUAGCUGAUGGAGUAAGUUUGAUGCAUAUCGAUUAA